AGGUGGAGGAGGACAUUCCAGUCCAUGUGACCACAGAAAAUCCUGGUAUGAAGACUGAAGGAAACAUCAUAUUAUCUCUAGAUUAUAAAGUAGAAGAUCAGGAUAUCAUGCAACGCUCUUCAGGAGAAAACCACGUUACCUGUAAUGUACAUCCAGGACCUCACAGUGCAGAUCCAUCAUAUAAUCCUCAUAAUCAUGGGAAACCUUCUCCUGACCAAUCACAGCUUGUUACCACAAGUCCAGAUCCAUCACAUAAUUCCCCUAAUCAUGAGGAACCUUAUCCUGACCAAUCACAGAUUCUUAACACAAGUCCAGAUCUAUCAUAUAAUCCUCCUAAUCGUGGGAAACCUUCUCCUGAUAAGUCACAGAUUGUUACCGCAAGUAUCGGGUGGAAAAGGAGUAAAAGAUUUAAAUGUAUAGAAUGUGGGAAACGGUUCACAUAUUGGUCAGAGCUUUCUGUACACAGAAGAAGUCACACAGGAGAGAAGCCAAAUUCGAGUUCACAAUGUGUGAAAUCAUUUAUUAGUAAUAAAGUUCUUUUAAAUCUUGCAAGAAUUCACAAAGGAAAGAAGUCAUAUUCAUGUUCAGAAUGUGGGAAAUUCUUUGUGAAUAAAUCAUCUCUUAUAAACCAUGAGAAAAGUCACAGAAGAGAGAAGCCAUAUUCAUGUUCAGAAUGUAGGAAGUGUUUUAUAAGUAAAUCAAGUCUAGUUAUACAUGAGAGAAGUCACACAGGAGAGAAGCCAUAUUUAUGUUCUGAAUGUGGGAAAUGUUUUACCCAGAAAGCAACUCUUGUUAAACAUAUAAGAAUUCACACAGGAGAGAAGCCAUUUUCAUGUUCAUAUUGUGGGAAGUGCUUUACAAAUCAGUCACAUCUUGCUAGACAUGAGGGAAUUCACACAGGAGGAAAGCUGUAUUCAUGUUCAGAAUGUGUGAAAUGUUUUACCAGGAAAUCAAGCCUUGAUCAACAUAUAAGAAUUCACACAGGAGAGAAGGCAUAUUUGUGUUCAGUAUGUGGGAAAUGUUUUACCCAGAAAUCAUCCCUUGUUAAACAUAACAUAGUUCACAAAGGAGAAAAGCCAUUUUCAUGUUUACAUUGUGGGAAACGCUUUACAUAUCAGUCAACGCUUACUAGACACGAGACAAUCCACACAGGAGAAAAGCCACAUUCAUGUUCAGAAUGUGGGAAAUGCUUUACACAGAAAUCAGAUCAUCUAAAACAUGAGAGAAUUCAUGCAGGAGAGAAGCCGUAUUCAUGUUCAGAAUGUAGGAAGUGUUUUAUAAGUAAAUCAAGUCUAGUUAUACAUGAGAGAAGUCACACAGGAGAGAAGCCAUAUUUAUGUUCUGAAUGUGGGAAAUGUUUUACCCAGAAAGCAACUCUUGUUAAACAUAAAAGAAUUCACACAGGAGAAAAGCCAUUUUCAUGUUCAGAUUGUGGGAAGUGCUUUACAAAUCAGUCACAUCUUGCUAGACAUGAGAGAAUCCACACAGGAGGGAGGCCAUAUUCAUGUUCAAAAUGUGGGAAAUGUUUUACCCAGAAAUCAUCUUUUGUUAAACAUAACAUAGUUCACAAAGGAGAGAAGCCAUUUUCAUGUUUAGAUAUCAGUCAGAGCUUACUAGACACAAGAGAAAUCACACAGGAGAAAAGCCACAUUCAUGUUCAGAAUGUGGGAAAUGCUUUACACAGAAAUCGGAUCUUCUAAAACAUGAGAG